AUGACCCGAAAUCCCUUGCGGAUUACCGUACCUGCCUGGGUGGAGCUGUAUGAUGAAGAUGCCCAUGGAUCAAAACAUAAAGAUCACGUCAAACCUCCCCAACCGAGUGUCCACCCGGAGCAGAGUAAAGGGAAUCAUCAAUUGAAACGAAGGGUAUCGAAAGAUGGUUAUGUGGAUUGGGUCGACGAGAAACAUGAUCACGUAUCUAAACUUCCAGUAUUCCUGAGGAAACGAGCGGAUAGGCCGGGGCGGCGAUGGGAUCAUUUGCGCACAGCAGAGCCUGUUAUUAUGGGACUUGGGUAUCGCGCGCCUAAUGAAGACCCUUAUGAGAGGUGGAGAGAAUUCAUACGAUCCUCUUCCUACGGCCGGGAUCUGGAUGAGGAAGCUGAGGUGGUGCCAUAUGAGGUUCUCGAAAGGCAGAUGCCAGGUCUCACGCAACCAGUCAAGAGUCCAUUACAUCCACUAGAUCCCGUCGUCAAGAGGAGGUCUAGGAAGGAAACGUGGAUUAUGCGGAUUUCGAACUUCGUAUUACGACACCCUAUCGCACCGCUCAUCUUUCGCCUGAUUGUCUUAAUAACUACGAUUUCGGCUCUCGCUUUGGCUUGUAACAUAUUCGAGAGGGAGAACGACCCAGCGGUUCCUAAUGAUAAUACUCCGGAGACGUCGCAAGCGAUUGUCGCCAUAGUCAUAGACGUAGUGGCCAUUCCUUACAUUUUGUAUAUGACGUGGGACGAGUAUACGGGAAAACCCCUAGGGCUCCGAGCUCCGGCGCAGAAAGUAUCGCUCACAUUAUUGGACCUUGUUUUUAUCGUGCUAAAGUCAGCUAGUACGGCAUUGGCAUUCGAGGCAUUGGUAUAUCAUAGUGGUGAUGGUCUAUCCUCGAGUCCUAAUUCUGAGGCAGCGGAAAGGGCUUCAUUGAAUCUGGCUAGGGGUCUUGCGGCGUUGACGCUGGUAGGGUUAAUCGCCUGGAUUCUGAACUUCACAAUCAACGUCUUCAGGCUCGCAGAGAAGCUGGGAGGGAUAGAUAAUGUACAUGAAAAAUGA